CAACUGCUGUCAUUGUCAUUUUACUUAAAAGUGAAAAAGCUUCUCCUACAGGGAACAGCAAUGAAGAUCAUAUUUUGGCUAAUUUGCUGUAUUAUCCAUACCACAAUCUGUACGGCAAGUGUCUCCUUUUCAUCGCCAAAACGCCUUGGAGCCCUGGAGGAGCGACAAGGCUUCACCAUUGUUCCACCUGCAAGUGAAGAAACAGAUUUGAACAAUGAUGCACUCACCAAUAAGACUGUUUUACAGUUUCUAGACAAGCAAAUGGAGAUAUUAAAAGAUUAUCAGGACAAAUUCCAAAACCUAAGCAGGACAGAAAUCAAUUUACUGGUGUGGAAGCUUCACGGAGUAUUUGACAAGUUGAAAGAAGCUCAAAGUAAAGCUUACUGGAAGAUAAUAUCUGAAACAAAAUGUCCGAUGCCUUUGGCACCCAGAAAUGGUGGACUGGUGUGUGUUUAUCUGGCUAAUGUCCAGUACUGCAAGCCCGUGUGUGCUAAGGGAUAUGACUUCUCAUUCCUGAGAAGGAGCAGGUUGUAUGAAGAAUGUGGGAAUCACACUCGCUUUUCCUGGACAACCCAAUAUAUUGCUGGUCAGAGGUUAGCAGAAUGCAUAGCUUCUUCCAAUGCUGUAAGCGGGGUUUCAACGGCUUACUUUGAUAAGGGUGUCAACUGUCAACAAAUUAGCUCUGAUCCAGUUUCUGAAGAAAAUGUAAUAAACACAUUCCUGGCAGAACUUAAAGCUUAUAAUAUUAAUAAGCCCCAUAUGGAGAUGGAGUAUGACUUUGUAUUGUGUGGAGAUCAGUGAUUGUUGUUCUCUAAUGUGUCAUUUUUAGAGUAUUCACAGGUUCUUACAACAGCACAGUAACCCAGAUUCCAAUAAAAAUGUUCUCUCUGUUUGUCUCUUUUAUUUUUAA